ACGGGUAUAAAAAGGUUAGUGGUUGUUGAUCAACGUUUUAUAAACCCGUGUUGACACGGAGAUAUUACUAACCUACAGAAAUGCUGAGAAUAAGGAGUAUUUUUUUUAAAGAACUUUGGGAUCGCUGGCUAGCGAAAAUCCUCCAGCUGAACCCUCCACGAGGGUGCCGGCUGGGAAAUGGUCACUGCAUUACCCCGAGCAUGGUAAUGCAAUGUCGCUUGUCCUGCCCGAGGUAGUGUAGUGUCUAACUAAGGCGACUAGUUCAACCCCUUGAAUCAGUGGCCAUGGUUGAAGGUCCCUGCCGGUAGGCAUAAAACGCAUGUGGGUGGAUCCCCUGAAAAACGAAGCAGUAUGGACGGUGAGAAGGAAAAAAUCAAAGCUGGGAUGUCAGCCCAAACGUCGAGUACGACUGCUUCCAUCGGCGGGCACGUGGAGGAGCAAUUCUCUUUGCGUGUCGCCAGCGGUCGAGCCCCUGAAACGUGCUACACGAAGACGAAAGAUGCCAUACCCGCGUAGGGAAGGGCCGAAGCAAACCAGCGAGGGGAUGAAGGCUAAGGCGCAAUACAAGGCAGCCCAUAAGAUCACGAGUAGGCUCCAGGACAAAGCGGAAGAUCGUCCAUGCGCGAGUCGUUGAGUCUCUCCUUGAACGGAUGGAAGAGACACCCACAGCACCCAUGCCCUCAUUCGGUGGUGCAGGGUGGUUAAAGGUGUCAAAAUACUGAAGUGCAACGACGAUCCGACCAGGAAUUGGCUUACGCAAACGGACUGCCAACUGGAGGCGUUGUGGGAGGGGACCAAGCUAGAGGUAGUGGACAAACCAUCCCAUCCAUACCGAAAGCGAAAGUGCUCUUCCUCAUCGCAAUCCAAGGGGAUCGGGCGCUAAAGCUGCUUCAACGGCAGAACCCAGACGUCCCAACGGCAAAUUGGAAGAUUCUGUGCAUGGCCACCCCACUACCCAACGAGGGGGGCCAAAGUAUGGUUCUCCAAAUCAACAAGGAGGCGGAGGAUCUGCUGUACCCAAGAUACGGGAAGAUGGCGUGGGGCAUGGGUAGUGUAUACCUGCGUCUUAAGAAGCGCCACUCCGACGACAAAAGCGCACACAUCCUGCAGGCACCUGACUGUUAUAGCCAACCCGUCGAGCGGAGCCAGCCACCCAUGACACGGAGGGUGCUGCAGCUCAAUCUCCAUAAAAGCAGACUCGCGUCGGCGGAGCUCCUAAUUGCCCUGAUUGGCUUGGUUCCAUGGAUUGCCUCGGGCAAUAUCGUGGCCGGACUAAGGUCCUCAAACUACAAUACAUUCUACUCAUCAACGCUCUGAUGACUUGACUACUGUGAUGAUAGAAAGCGUGGAGCAGCGCCUUUUGGUAGCCUCCUGCUACAUGGCCACGACUGACCAGCGACACCAGACAAACUGAGCAGCUUGGUGGAAUUCGGCUCGAAGGAUGACCAACUCCUCAUUGGUGCAGAUGCCAAUGCACUCCACAGCGUGUCGGGAAGCUCCGACAUCAACGACAGAGUGAUCUGUGGGUCCAACUCUACCAGGAACUGCCAUCAUCCUUCUUGGUGCAUUUUGACUGUAACAUGCUGAUGGUAAAGAAAACUGCAUACGAAAAACCUCCUUAUAUCAGAAUUACGCGUAAGAAGUAUUUUUUUUUUAUAAUGAACACUUAUAAAGUCAUUAAAAAAAAAAUUGUAUUACAUUAAUUUAAAUUGACAUUUCAUCGAAUUUCAAGGGGACAGCAUUCCGGAAGAACAGGUAAUACUAACUUCAAGUAUAAAGAAAAUUUUUAAUUUAUUCUUAAUAAACAAUUUAUUCAUAUUAAAAACAAAAAAAAUUCAGCGUUCAGCGACAACACAUUUCCUUGUUAUAAGUAGAAGAAAAUGAAACGAUCGGACUUUUAAAUAAAAAAAACACUAUUUGGAAAUAAUUCCGUUUAAAGUUUCAAGUUUUCUGCUUAGGAAGCCAGAAAAAGUAAGCUACAUAUCAAAAAAUAAAAUUUUAUCAGAAGAAUAUAAUUUAGACUUCUCUUAGAAAAUGUAAAUAAAUGUAAAUAGGUUGACAUGAUCAAAAUAUAAUUUUUUUGGGAUAGCUAGAUUAAGUUGGUUGACAUAUUCGGAAAUAUGUUUUCGGAUUGAAGAAAUGAUACUGUAUUUGUAUGACACUCCAAAAAUGGUUCCCAGUUAUUCGACCUAAAAUCCUAUGUUUGACGUAAAAUAAAUGAUAGAAAACUUUGUAAUUAAUCGUCUUGAAAACGAAUUCGUCCAGAUUUUUAAAAAUAAUAACAAUUUUUAACUAUAAGAAAUUGUACUAUUCCGUAAUAUGAAAGUAAUUUCCCUAUUUAUGAAAACUAUCUUGCAAAGGACUAUUAUGUUGAUUACUUUUUAUACAUACCUUAAUUAAGUAAUUAAGACCUGAUUUAUUUUCAAUAAAAAAUACUUCUGAAAUAAGUGUUGCUACAAAAACCAUACUUUGCUUUUCCAACGCAUACAAUUUUUGUGGAUGCUUUGAAACGAGUGAUUUAAUGCCCUAUAAUGGAUUCACACAAUGUUUUGCCCGCAUGCAUGACAUUUUUGUAUUUUAUUCUUUUCUUCUGCGCUUCAUACUGUACGUAUGGUACGAAUGUUUUAAAGUUGUAUUGAAAUUGUAUAUUACUUAAUCCAUUUUAAAAUUGAAUCGUUGACAAUUUUUGAAUUUAGAUUCCCUUAUUCCCCAUUCCCUUAUUAGGAGUUUUCGCUUAAAUUUGUGUUUUAUGAAGUCUACGGUGCAAAACUACAUUUAAAACAAAAAACAACAAUAAAUGUUGCACUUGGCAUGUAUCAGUGAGUUUUAAAUGUAAAUAUAAAGUUUUUCGUAGUUUUAAAACGGCUAAUAAAAAUGUAAUAAAAUUGUUUAGGUUGAAAGUCUUUAG